AUCUUUCUAAUCCACAUGUGGCCCUGGCCCUGCAGCCAUGCUCACAGUUAUUCUGCCAUGUCGGACGUUGAAGAAGAAUAUGAGGAGGAGCAGGCAGAAGAAGAGCCAGAGGAAGAGGCAGAAGAGCAAGACAUCUUGGAGGAAGAGCAGGAAGACCAAAUAGAAGAGCAAGAAGACCACUUAGAAGCUUCAGAACAACACACCCAAGAAGAUGGUGAUGAAGACGCACAUGAGGAAGAUCAAGAUGCCCAGGAGGAAGAAGAGGAACGCCCCAGACCCAAACCUUUGGUUCCUAAUUUGGCCCCUCCGAAGAUUCCAGAAGGAGAGAGAGUGGAUUUUGAUGACAUCCACAGAAAGCGAAUGGAGAAAGACCUGACUGAGCUGCAGACUCUGAUAGAGGCACACUUUGAGCAGAGGAAGAAGGAUGAGGAGGAGCUCAUUGGACUCAAGGACCGGAUUGAGCGCCGCCGGUCAGAGAGAGCAGAGAUUCAGCGGGUGCGGGCAGAGAAAGAGAAGGACAGGCAAAAUAGGAUUGCUGAGGAGCGCCACAGAAAAGAGGAAGAGGAGGCCAAGAAGAAGGCAGAUGAUGAUGCCAAGAAGAAGAAAGUGUUGUCUGGAAUGUCCAACUUUGGGGGCUUUUUGGCAAAGGCCGAGCUGAGGAAGGGCAAGCGUCUGACAGGAAAAGAGAUCAAGAAGAAGACUUUGGCCGAGAGACGACAGCCACUGGGCAUUGACAACAUGAGAGAGGAUGCACUCAGGCAAAAAGCCCAAGAGAUGUGGGAUUGGAUCUAUCAGCUAGAGUCUGAGAAGUUUGACUACAUGGAGCACAUGAAGCAUCAGAAAUAUGAGAUUGUGGUGCUGCUGAAUAGAAUCCAACAUGCCCAAAAAUUCAAAAAGGUCCAUGGCAAAGGGAAGGUUGGUGGUCGCUGGAAGUAAACAACAGAGGGAGAAUUGACUCUUAAAUGUUAGAAAAGACUAUUGGAAAUAACAACUUAUGGUAGAUAUUUGUGACGGUUUCUAGUAAUAAAUAAUAUGUAAUAAACAAA